GAGACUGCUUCACCAUAUUUUGCAAAUAUUGAUGUUGUUACCAAGCAGGGAUUUGUUUUGUGCGAUCCUGGGAAUGUAAUUAAUAACCAAAAAAAGAAAAUUUAUUCUGAACAUGAUGAUGAAUUCAUUUCUGGUAGUGCAACAACAGAGGAAGAUGUCAAGGAAUGUCUGGACAAGAUUCAUGAUUGCAUUCUUCAAACAGAAGUGAUAGAUAAUGGGGAAAAUGACGAAGAAAAAUGUGAUCAAGUAGUUGUUCGGAAAAAAGACGGAAGUAUUGAACUAAAAUCUGACACCUGUGUAAAAGAUAAAGAUGAUGUGAAUGCAAAGUUUAUUGAUGUUGUUGAUGUAUAUGAACCCAAGAAUAACGAUCCUGUUCGUUUAUAUAGUAAAAACGUAGGCGAAGGAAAAGAUUCAGUUGCUAUCAAUGGUCAGAAUGUUGAUUUGUGUGAAAAAUUAGAGGAGGAAGUAGAGGAAAAUAUUAAAUGCAAAGGUUUUAAUGGUGGUUAUCAGACAAAUGGUGCUACUGUUUACAUGCAAUUAGAAAAUAUGGGAGGGGAGAAAUAUUGUGUUCAUAAACUCCAACUUAAAGAAAAUGUUGAAAACACAUCUAUCAUACAGGAUAUGGAAAUAGUUGGUGAAAAUAAAGAACAAGUUGCUGCUGAAAUCAUUACAGAUAUUGUCAGUGUUAUAGAUAGAAGUGUCACUAAUGACAAGGUUCUUGAUUUUGUUGAUGUAUGUGAACCCAAGGGCAAUAAUUCUGAUAGUUUACACAAUCAAAGUGUAGGUGAAGGCAAAGAUGCAGUUUUGGUCAAUCGUGUUGCUGGUAGUGUGAGUUAUAAGGUGGAUAAUCCUACUGUUUAUACACAAGUAGAAUCAAACGAAGGGGACAGAUAUUGUGGUGAUGAACCUCUACAUGGACAGAAUGUUGAGGAAACGAAUAUUGCUGGUAUACAGGAUAUGAAAAUAGGUUGUGAAAAUAAAGAACAAGUUGCUGAGAUCAUUGCAGAUGUUGUCAGUGUCCAAGGUCGAAAUUACAAGAGUGCAGAUGUGGUUGCAUCAGGUGUAAAUACGUACAAGAACAGUACUUACCAAUCAAAAAAAAAGAUUCAGGAAAAUAUUGGCAGUGGUGUAAAUAAAAAGAAUGUCAUUGGUGGAGAUAAAUUUGCAGACUACUACAAGGACAUAGAUUUUGCCAAGCUGGAUUGUAGUGACGAUGAUGUAAAAAUUACUUAUCCAGAAAUUGAAAUUGUCCCUGAUUUCAGCAGUUCUGACAGUGAAACAUGUUCCAUUUUGAAUGGUAGUAAUGAAGAAACAACUUUUCCAUUAAAAAUUAAUUUUAGAAAUGACAAAACUGAAACACUGACAAAAGUAUUGGAGAAGUUCAUGAAAGUUGAUCUUGAAGAAAUAGAAACUCUAGCAUCGACAAAGGUGUGUCAAGUUGCUGAACAUACGCAGACCAUUAGGGAAGUCAGCUGUUGUGAACAAGUUUCAGUGAAAAAUGAUUCUGGUUUGGAGAUUGAUGAGGAUUUAGACAUUGUGAAUACUGAUAGUGAACAGGAAACAAUUGAAGCCGAGUCUAAAAAACUGCAGAAAAAAAGUCCUUACAAAAAACCGUAUAGAAUGUGCAUUUAUUGUUCUAUAAUGUCUUCAAAAUUGAGCAGACACAUUAAAAAAUGUCAUAAGGAAAAUGAAAGAGUGAAAAAUGCACUAAAGAUGACUAAGGUGAAGCAAAUUUAG